AUGGAGAUUGAGCCGAAUGAUAUUAUUUGGAGGACUUUGCUUGGGGCUUGUAGAGUUCAUAAUCAUGUUGAAUUGGGUAAGCUUGCAAAUGAGAAGUUAUUGAAAUUGAGAAAAGGUGAAAGUGGUGAUUAUGUUUUGUUAUCGAAUAUAUAUGCUUCACAAGGUGAGUGGGGUGGAGCUGAGAAGUUGAGAAAGGUGAUGGAUGAUAAAGGAGUGAGGAAAGAGGCUGCAAGUAGUUUAGUUGAUACGGAUGAAAGGAUGCUCAUGCGUUUCUUAUUUGACUCAAAACCUCAAAUGGAAGUCGAUAAGUUUAAGACAAAAGUUCAUAUGAAAUCUUUUGAUGUGAAGUAG